AUGCGACCGAGAACCUCAGAAACGGCAUCCCAGCCUUCUCAGGCCCAGGCGACAUCCGUUUCCUCAAACCAUCACCAAGCCCUCGGGUCCGCCCCGCCUCCAGCCGAUACUUACUCCGACCAACAAUCACAAUACCACCUCCACCGCGAACCCAACCAGCAGCAGCAACAACAGCCUCACGACCCUCCGACACAUGGGCAACCAGCGUACUCUUCUUACAGCCAAACGUUCCCCGUGAUACCCUCAUCCUACUACCACGAGCCUGGCUCAUUUAUACACGACGACUACGACGAUUACGAAGACUACGAGGAUGACGACGACGACGACGAUGAUGCGGAGGGUGAGGAUGACGACCUAGACAUGAGCGACAGCGAUGGAGGUGCUCCCUUGGAUCAUGUCAUGACAGUCACCAGCCUUCUGUCUCCCAUGCCCGACAACGAGGCCGAGAUGGACCCCCCUCAGUCGUUCUCAGGGAAUCAUCACUUUGAGCAACCCGUACAUUCGCCACAAGAGCAGCACACGUCCACGGGGCCGCCUGCUCACAUGAUUAACUACUGGAACGUAUCGAUUGCAGCUGGUCAUGCAUUUCUUGAUCCGAUAGGAGCCCAUCAUCCCACCCCACUUGAUACGACUCCUUUCCAUCCCAUGCUCCAUUCUGGAGCCAUGGAUGACGACGACGACGACGAUGAUGUUUUCUAUCCACCUGUAGCCGAGCAGCUCCAACAAUUUCAAACAGUGGUUGCCAACGAGGACGAAAUAGCAUGGGAAAAUGCAGGUCCGCCGGCCCUCAGCAAUCCCAAUCCAAGCACCCUCGGUCCGGAAAAUCCUGGUCUGACCGAUUUUCUCAAGGGCUGGGCCUGGCGUAACGGAUUUCAGUCCCGAGGACCUAGUCCUGGAAUUCGUCAAAUCAAUGCACAGGUCUCGCGGGAUGUCACGCGCGUGCGAUACUCGGAUUUGGAGGGCGAUGCAUACGACGCGCAGGGCAUCGACUGGGAAGCCUUGGGGGUGACACGCAAGAAUGCUCGAGAGCGGAGGUGCCUCGACUACAAGAACUACACAAACAGGACAGAUUCCGACAUAUGGGCGCCCCAUCUGCCAGACAGGAUUAUACGAAAUACCGAAGAUUUCUUCAGGUUUCGUCGCAUGGACAUCCGUCAAAACGUUCACUUGGCCCAUUUCCAGCUGCGCAAUAUCCUAGCAUGUGCUGGGCGCAGCCAUGCCUUCUAUCCGGGUCAGCGAGCCGUUCACCGGAUCAACCCCGUAUCGGGAGAGAGUGAAGUGGCCAUGGACCUCAACGACAUGAUUGGCGUCCAGAUUUCAACUUUGGACGCCGACUGCGGCAUCUUGAUUGCGGGUACUUUCAACGGAGAGUACUGCAUGCGAAACAUUUACAGCCAGGAUAAGAAGUACACCGAAGGACAGAUCACCAGCCACGUAAGUGGCAUAACCAACCAUCUGCAGAUCCAUGCUUCCAGGAACUCAUCCUCACCGCUGGCCGCCUUUGCGUCCAACGACCAAGGCUUCCGUGUCAUGGAUGUGGCCACCGAGAAGUUCGUUCUGGAUACACAAUACGGCUGUCCCAUCAACUGCUCCGCUCUGUCCGCUGAUCGUCGUUUGCGCGUAAUGGUUGGUGAUAAUUACAACGUCCUGAUUGCAAACGCGGAUACUGGUGAAAUAUUGCAAGAGUUGGGAGGCCACCGUGACUUUGGGUUCGCGUGCGACUGGUCAGACAAUAGCUGGACCGUUGCAACCGGUUUCCAGGACAUGAGUGUGAAACUCUGGGACGCUCGAAUGUGGACCAACUCAGACGGUACCAGCAAACCACUCACCACGAUUCGCUCCGAGAUGGCAGGUGUCCGCAGCUUGAGGUUCUCUCCCACCGGCAGCGGCCCUCAAGUUCUCGUAGCAGCCGAGGAAGCCGACUAUGUCAACAUCAUCGACAUUCAAAGUCUAGCCCACAAGCAGACAUUUGAUAUCUUUGGGGAGAUUGGAGGUGUCGAGUUCACCAACGACGGCCAGGACCUCAAUAUUCUCUGCAUGGAUCGUACUCGUGGAGGGCUGGUUCAACUGGAGCGUUGCGACUUAGCGUCUAGCUCCGAUUUUGAGUACGCACAUCAAGCGGCAGCCAUGGAUCCUUGGUGGAGGCCCAGCCAGAGCGGAAUACUAUCUGAUGCAGAUAUGGUUCAGACGAAACUGCCAGCUCAGCGGGAAAGGGGGUACGACCUCUUUGAUGACUUGGAGCCUUUCUGA